GGAACAUAGCUAGUUUAUUCCCACUGUAUUUGUUACAUGUACAGCUGUUACCAAAAUAAUCGAAGAUUAAUGAAGAUUAAGAUUUAAAAGCCCCUGUAGAGGCCUCUAGCUCCGUGCCAUGUCUUUGGAGCACACUUCCGACUUGGCCAACGACAACACCUGCGUGACCUCUUCGGUGACCCUCGACCUCCGUUCUCCUCACAGCGUUCUCUUAGACGCAGAACUUAGCCAGAAGAACAAAGCCAAGGGCCCGUCCUCCUCCUCUUCCCCGAAAAGCCGCCACAUCUACGCCACCGCCACCCCAGCUCAGCUCCUCAACGGCCUCAUGGGCGGGCUGGAGGACGAAACAUCUCACCAACACCGUGAGGAAGAGCGGGCCAGGAACCAAGAGAACGAACAGGGCCAUCCCGGCACGGGGAGCAACACCAAAUGGAUGAAAGAGGGCCAGAACCAGCUUCGUAAGGUGGCUGAGCAGCAGCAGGACAUGAACCGGAACCCCGACCAGAACCUUAACCUAAACGAGAACGAGAGCCCGGAUGGAAACCCCAACCAGAACCUGGAGGAGCAGGUUGGAGACCAGAAUACGACAUCCAACAAGACCUUGAGGUCCCUUUGCUCCGACCUGGAGCUGAAGAACGCUGCUAACGAACCUCUUUUAAUCGAUACCUCUGAUGCAUCUCAGGGGAAGGAGCAGGAAAAUGCGGUAGAGGAGAAAGAAGAGGAAGAAGAAGAAGAGGAAGAGGAGGAGGACAGUUUGGCUCCCAGCGGAGCUGAGAAGGACACAGACUCGUCAGAGACUCAAAGUGGAAGUGAAGCCAGGAAAGGGGAGGAUGGUGGCAGAAACGCGUGCUUCCUUUUUCAGGGAAAGAGUGGAGUGCCCAGUGAUGAAGACUCCAGCUGCAUGUCAUUGUCUCAGGGAAGCACUGCCAACAGCACUCCUGAUGGAGACCCAGAGUCGUACUGGGACCGCAGUGCGUUUGAGACUGACUCAGACCUGCCGGCUGGCUGGAUGAGGGUGCGGGACACCUCCGGCACAUAUUAUUGGCACAUCCCCACAGGCACUACCCAGUGGGAGCCGCCCUCCCCUCUGGAGGAGGGUAUGGCCCCCGAAAGGCCCUCCAGCACCUCACCUGCCAUCACCCCCUGUGAGGAGGAAGCAGAGGUGACAUGGAACAUGGGAACCCGUCCUAACCGAUUUAAUGAUGAGGAACUGUGGAAGGAGGAGGAUGUGACAUCUGAUCAGAGUCUGAAAGAAUUUGAGGGGGCUACUCUACGAUAUGCCUCUAUCAACCUUAGUUGCUCUCAGUCUGAGGGCGAGGAGAAGCAGAAUCCCUACAGCGCUGACGUAGAGGCCAAGUGCUUUGCUGUACGUUCUCUUGGCUGGGUGGAGAUCUCAGAGGAAGAGAUGGCUCCAGGAAAAAGCAGCAUUGCAGUGAAUAACUGUAUCAGACAGCUCUCCUACCAUAAACACAACCUCCACGACACGGCCGGCAUCUGGGGAGAGGGGAAGGACAUGCUGCUGGUCCUGGAGAACGAGACCCUCAAUCUAAUUGAUCCCCUGGGGCAGACGCUGCUCCACUCUCAACCCAUCGUCAGCAUCCGCGUGUGGGGAGUGGGCAGGGACAACGGCAGGGACUUUGCCUAUGUGGCACGGGACAAGCUGACCCACGUUCUGAAAUGCCACGUGUUCAGGUGUGACACACCAGCUAAAAACAUCGCCACUAGUAUGCAUGACAUCUGCUCCAAGAUAAUGGCUCAGAGGAAGUCCUCCAAAUCCAGCCUGAGCAGACUCAACAUCGACCCCUCCAAACUCGUCGACCUUCCAUUCCAGGAGUUUCCAGCACCGAAGAAUGAGUUGGUGCAGCGCUUCCAGGUGCUUUACCUUGGUAAUGUGACAGUGGCCAAACCAGUGGGUAUGGACAUUGUUAAUGUUGCCUUGGAAACGGCCCUGACCACCAAAGACAAAAAGGAGUGGACACCUGUCAUUGUGAAUGUGGCUUCUGCUACACUCACUAUUCUCACCGCAGAGAAAGAGGAGGUGCUCUCUGAGUGUCGGGUGCGUUUCCUGUCCUUCAUGGGAGUUGGGCGGGAUGUGCACACUUUUGCGUUCAUCAUGGCUGAAGGCCCCGGAGACUUCAUCUGUCACAUGUUCUGGUGUGAGCCCAACGCGGCCAGUCUGAGUGAGGCCGUGCAGGCCGCCUGUAUGCUUCGCUACCAGAAAUGUCUGGACGCGAGACCCCCCAGCACCAGCUCCUGUCUGCCUGGCCCCCCCGCUGACUCGGUGGCUCGUCGGGUGGGCUCCAGCGUGAAGAAGGGGGUCCAGAGUCUGUUGGGCAGCUUCAAGAGGUCCGGAGCCCAGACGCCCUGAGAGGCGCGCACGCUCUCCCUCCUUUCCCCUCCUCUCCUCCUUCUGCUCCCCUUCUCACCCCUUCCGUCCCACUCCCCCACCAGCCUCCCGCUGACUCGCCGGGCUUUCAUCCCGAAAAUCACAGGAAGUGUGGCAACCCCCGCUGGUCCGAAACACUCCCCGUCAACCGUCUGUACAUUUCAGCACUCCAAGGCCUGACAGAGCAGGUUUAUCUGUCCAGUGUG